UACGUUGUCCGCUGGGCUGAGCCCAAGCAGUAGGCGCCCCCUGCUUCCGAAGUUCCGAUCUGUAGGCGCGGCGCCCGCAGCACCGAUGGGGUCUUUCUUCCGCCCCAAGAAGCUGAGCCAGCCACCUGUUUCGGCCGCCGGUUUCCCGUCCGCCCGCCACAAACGAGCCUCAGGAGAACACCGGAGCGACCAAAAACAGCAGCCUCGCUUCACUGCACGAACCAACUGACCAAUGGCUCCCAGGAAGUUCUUCGUCGGCGGCAACUGGAAAUGCAACGGGGCCGGCGACGACGUGAAGAAGAUCGUCACCGUCCUCAACGAUGCCGAGGCUCCGAGGGCGCCGUCGGUGAAGGUGGUGGUGAGCCCGCCGUUCGUGUUCCUGCAGCAGGUGAAGGGGCUGCUGCGGCCCGACUUCGCUGUCGCCGCGCAGAACUGCUGGGUGCGCAAGGGCGACGCCUUCACCGGCGAGAUCAGUGCUGAGAUGCUGGUGAACCUGCAGGUGCCUUGGGUCAUUUUGGGGCACUCUGAGCGUAGAGCGCUGCUCAGUGAUCAAAUGAUUUCCUUGUCAGGGAAAUUUCCACGAAAAAUUGUGCACAACCUUACUUUUGUUGCCGAUAAAGUUGCUUACGCACUCAGCCAAGGACUCAAGGUAAUUGCUUGCAUUGGUGAGACCCUUGAACAGAGAGAAGCAGGAACAACAAUGGAAGUUGUUGCUGCUCAGACUAAAGCUAUUGCAGAAAAAGUAUCAGACUGGACAAACGUUAUGCUGGCAUAUGAAUCAGUUUGGGCCAUUGGAACCGGCAAAGUUGCAUCUCCUGCUCAAGCAGAAGAGGUUCAUGAUGGUCUGAGAAAAUGGCUCAACACUAAUGUUACCCCUGCAGUUGCUGAAUCUAUCAGAAUUAUUUAUGGAGGCUCUGUAAAUGGCGCGAACUGCAAAGAACUUGCGGCUCAGCCUGAUCUUGAUGGAUUCCUUGUUGGAGGAGCUUCACUGAAGCCAGAGUUUGUGGACAUCGUCAAGUCUGCCACCGUGAAGUCUUCUUCUGCUUAGUCUUUUGAGAAUUGAGAUGCUGGCCUUGUAGGAGUGAAUUAUGCUUAUCUUUAUAAGAAUGUUUGACCAUCUUGUUCUAAUUAUAGUGCACUGCUAUGUCGUACUAUCACAGAGUAUGUUUGCCUGUUCUUGUCUCCAACGAAAAUUGGUUAAGUUAUGGGUGCAACCUGUGCACAAAAUCGACAAAUUGGCAGGAGUCUGUCGAUAGUAUAAUAGUUCAAACCUAUUGCCUUGUUUCUUGAAGUAAGGAAGUGCCCUUAGAAUUUAUGAAGGGGUCCGAUUGGUUCGGAUCCUGCUAAUAGCACAAUAAAAACAUAGGAAAGGUGUCUCAUUUUGCCUGAUACAGUGAAAACUGUUUGCUUCA